UCUGCCAAGUGAGGUGAGCGAUCUCUCUCUCUGUCUUCUGCGUAUUUGAUCUUUCCUUCAACGUUUAAAAUCUAAAAUCGUGGCUGGUUCGUCUAGGUCGGAUUGCGGGUACUGCUUUAUCCCUUCGGUUCCAACGUCCUUGUCCGGACCGCUUGCUGCUCUGUGGGGAUUGCUUUACCAGUUUACUCGACGUUUAAAGCUAUUGAGAAGAAGGAUCAAGAGGAGCAACAAAGAAUGCUUCUUUAUUGGGCAGCUUAUGGAUCUUUCAGUGUUGCAGAAGUAUUUUCAGACAAAAUUCUCUCCUGGUUUCCGCUCUACUACCAUAUGAAGUUUGCAUUUCUUGUUUGGUUACAACUUCCAGCCUCAAAUGGAGCAAGGCAUUUGUACAUGAACCAUCUGCGCCCAUUCUUUCAGAGACAUCAAGUCCGACUUGAUCAAGCUGUGGACUUUAUUUAUGGCCAAAUGACUAAAUUCAUCAGUUCACACCAAGGAGAAUUACAGUUUGCAAAGGCACUUUUCAUGAAGGUUGUGGCUUCAGUUAGGGGCAUCGUCCCAGGGCAAAGGCAAUCAAAUCGUGCGAUCGAAGGCCCUGCGAAAGAGAGUCAAGACACUGAGUCAGAUAUAGAUGAGUAGAUCAGUAAAGCGUUCUCCACAGGGAGCAACAUGUUUGAUAGAUUUGGUAGUUAAUGCGUGAAGACACUUUUUUUAUUUUUCUUUUCUCCUUUUCGGGUCGUAAAUGACCUUGUACAUAAUAGACAUAAUUUCUCUUGCUAGUUGCUUGUGGAACCCUAGUUCUCGUACAAGAAGUGAUACCUUUGACUACUAUUCUUGGCAUGACUUGUACUUAUUUUUUUCACCAUGCCUUAACUUCCAGUCUUUUAUUUCAUUAAAAUUUCAUUGGACAAAUUGUUCCA